CAGGAUUCUGCACACCAGCUGAUCACUUGUCCCUACAAUGUUCAACGGGGAGACCAGUUCGUCAGUCAGGAAUGUCAUCAGGAGUUCCAGCAUCAGUGGGGAGAUGUACAACUUGGAGAAAGGCAACUCAGCAAAUCCGGAUGCUGCCGGUGUUACCACUACCAAGAAGAGAAGGUCCAGCCUGGGAGCCAAGAUGGUGGCAAUUGUUGGACUGUCACAAUGGAGCAAAAGCACCCUGCAGCUGAACCAACCUGAUGGUACCACCAAGAAACUGCGUAGUAAUAUUCGCCGCAGCACAGAGACAGGAAUCGCUGUGGAGAUGAGGAAUCGGGUCACCAGACAAGGCAGCAGGGAGUCCACAGAUGGCAGCACCAAUAGCAACAGCUCUGAUGGCACGUUUAUAUUUCCCACCACCCGGUUGGGAGCUGAAAGCCAGUUUAGCAAUUUCCUUGAUGGUCUAGGACCUGCACAGAUUGUGGGAAGACAAACACUGGCUACACCCCCCAUGGGGGAUGUUCACAUUGGGAUGGUAGACAGAAAUGGGCAGCUGGAGGUGGAAGUAAUACAGGCCCGAGGUCUGACUCCAAAGCCAGGCUCCAAAUCUAUACCAGCUCCAUAUAUUAAGGUGUACCUGAUAGAGAAUGGAGUCUGCCUUUCCAAGAAGAAGACAAGGACUUCAAAGAAAACUUGGGACCCUGUAUAUCAACAGGCUCUUUUGUUUGAUGAAGGGCCACAGGGCAAGGUCUUACAGGUAAUAGUUUGGGGAGACUACGGUCGCAUGGAUCACAAAUGUUUCAUGGGGAUGGCACAGAUCCUUCUGGAGGAGCUUGAUCUUAGUUCUUGUGUUACAGGAUGGUACAAACUCUUUCCUACUUCUUCUCUGGCAGACUCAAGCAUUGCCCCCCUCACCCGCCGACUCUCCCAGUCCUCUCUUGAGAGUUCCACCAGCCCAUCCUGCACUUAAUCAGUGGAACACAACCUCUUUAUACUACCUUCCCCCCUUUAUCCCACAGCCUAGACGAUAACUGCCUCAUCCUUGUCACAAAACUGAGACUUGGUUGAUAACUCAGUGUAUCUGUCCAGUGCUGUGGGAAAGAAGAUGGAAAUCGGCAGGCUAGCAUUGGCAUUUGGAGCCCAGCUCCACUGCUACUGCACAUAUAAAUUAACAUGCAACUUUAGAGACUGUUAUAACAAAUUGUAUGUGAAAAGAUUUAUAGAACAAAACCUGGACAAUCCAAUCAGAAAAUAACCAGUCAAGCAGCUCCCUUUGAUUUUGUUCUAUAGGUCAGUGGUUGUUUAAUUAAGUUGUUCUUGGCAACCACUGUUAACUUGGGAUACACAACCAACAUAAGUUCUCCAAAUCAAGAACAUUCAACAAAUCAGUUUUCUUCUACAAGAGAAAAAAAGCACACUUACAGCAGAGACAAGCACACAGAUGCUAACUUGUAUUAAAUACCUGCACAUAUAUUUACCCAUUUCAACUGCAGGUGCCUGGUUAUUAUUUUUCCUAUCAAGUCAGUGCUCUGCUGUGACAGAUUUUUUUCGCUAUUACUUUUUGCCCCAUCUACUCACCCCUGCUGCUUCCAACAAACCCUUUCUCAAAUUGAAAGAUUACAGCCAGAUUUUACAAAUCUGGCAAUUGUGGUACAUUCCAUAUUUCACUUAAAUUAAUAUAUACCUAUGGAUAUGUAUGCAGUUACUUGCAGUUAAACAACUGAGUGCUAUUUUUCAGGUACAUAGAGUUCUUUUGACUUUCUGCUUUAAAAUGGAAUGUAGCAUUUUCAGCGUGCAAUUAUAACUCUGACAAUGCACAUAGAGAAGUGAGGAAAGGAAGCAUUUAACUUAUCUACACCCCUUUUCAGCACUGAUAAGCAAUCUUGUUUUUGAUAUACACACAUACAAAUGCAUGCUGCUUUCUGCGUGAAUUCAGAUCACAUCCAAAUCAUGUCUGUUACUCCAAGUGCAUUAAAAAUAAUUAGCUGCACUGAAUGUUUAAAUACUUUAGUGCCAUGAUGAACUAUGGAUUGAUUGUGUUUUUCACAGUUACCCAGCACCAAAGGAUUGUAAAAAAAUUAGCAAUGCAUUUUACUGCUAAAAUGAAUGAACGUUAAACCAGAUAAAGUUGCCAAGACUGCAAAUUUAGGUUGUGAAAAGACAUCACCAGUUUCCUAUUUUAUUUUUUGGUAUAACCGCAAUGGUAGCAGUACAGAUCUGCUAAAGAAUAUGAGUACACUAACAUAUCAUGCAAUGAGAUUCUCCACUUUUGAGGUUUUUUUGUUACCAGGAGUAUGGACUGUCAAGGUUAAACAGGGAACAAUCUAAGGUAAAAGGAUUGA